GUCCAAUCGGAGACCCCACCUGACCUUUCCCCUCAGCUCCAACCACCGACUCCACUCCUGAGUCGUUUUUGCCUGCUCCCCGACGACCCUUCUCAGUCUCCUUCCCAAAUCAAGAUGGGGUUUUUCUGCUACAACUCGAAUUUUAUUUUAUUUUUAUUUUUAUUUAUUUAUUUUGCUUUCGACCAUCACUGUCUUCAUCGCCAAAAAGGUUUAAAAAAAAGAUGAGUACGGCUCAGCGUAGAUGAAUCAAUAAAGAUAGUGGCGAUGAGUGGUUCGUUGUGGUCCUUGUGGAAGCAUUAAAAAGACUACUCCUUUAACAAUCACUAAUAAAAAUAGGAAAUUGGCAUACCUCUUCGCUGUCCCCUGCGGCAACCGCACAAUGAAAACCCUGGAGUUGACCUAAUCGACAAUCCAACACAAGGUUCAGUGCCUUCCGGAUUCAGUUCAACCUAAUGCAGAAUCAAGUUCGUAUCAUUGUUAGCAUUCAAGUGAAGGUGAGUUCAGAUUGCAAAAAUAUGUCUUGAUGAACAAGGCUAGUUUUAUAUACCAACAAUCAUAUGGUUUAGAAAACUCUUCAUCUGAAGGACAAUGGUGGGUCGACAAUAAGAGACGAUUUCAUGAGCCUUAAGGUGAACCACACCACCACCAAUUCAAAAAUAUGCAGGGGGUACAAUUUGCUAUUGCAUGAGUUCAUUUCAUUUAGGUGCUCCAACCACAUACAUUUUGUCUCAACUCUCAGCAAAUUUACGCAUCCGUGGCAUCCCUUAAUUUCUUCUUCGUCAUUUAAAGGGUGCGCUUGAGUUUGGUGUUGCUCUGGGAAUCUGUGGUUUUAUUGGAAACUCGAAUCUCUUUGUAUAAAGUUCUUUUCAUUGAAGUGCUCAUACCACUUGCAUUCUCUCUCAACAAAUCGACACAUCGAUGACAUCUUCUUCAUCAUCUCCCUCUGUUCCGGCCUUUUCUUCUCAUUCGUGGAAGUACCAUGUUUUUCUUAGCUUUAGAGGAGAAGAUACUCGCAGAAAUUUUGUGGAUCAUCUCUACUCGGCUCUUGAACAACAAGGAAUCUACACCUACAAGGACGAUGAAACACUUUCUCGGGGCGAAUCAAUCGGCCCAGCCCUUAUGAAAGCUAUAGAAGAAUCUCAGAUUGCUGUCAUCAUAUUCUCAGAGAACUAUGCAGACUCUUCAUGGUGCUUAGAUGAACUUGCAUGUAUUAUCAAAUGCAAGGAUAUGAAAGGCACAAUCGUUAUGCCCAUAUUCUAUGGCGUUGAUCCCUCUGAAGUACGAAAACAAAAACAAAAAUAUGGAGAAGCAUUUGCCAAGCAUGAGUUGGAGAACAAGAAGAAAGUUAAAUCUUGGGGACAAGCAGUUGUGGAGGACCCUUGGGGAUUGCUCUUUGCACCUCGAGAACAAAUCCGGAAAUACCAAGAAGCCUUUGCCAAACAUGAGUUGGAGCACAAGGCCAAGGUUAAAUCUUGGAGAAAAGCACUUGUGGAUGCAAGUAACAUUUCUGGAUGGGAACCCAAGCACAUUGCCAACGGGCAUGAAUCAAGGGUUAUCAAAGAAAUUGUUGACACAAUUUCAGAGAGGUUGCAGUUAGUACCUUCAACUGCAAAUGAGGACCUGAUCAGAAUGGCGGCUCGCAUACAACGUUUGAAAUUAGAGUUACAAAUUGGGUCAGGUGGUGUGCUCAUGAUUGGAAUAUGGGGGGUUGGGGGUGGUGGUAAGACUACUCUUGCUUCUUCUAUUUAUGAUGAAAUCUCUAGCAAGUUCGAUGGUUGUUGCUUUGUACAAAAUAUCCGGGAGGAAUCAAGCAAGAUUAAUGGUUUGGUAAGCUUGCAAAAAAAAAUUCUUUCUGGUGUUUUGAAACAAAAGGAAGUGCAGGGAAUAGAGAGAGUUGAGGAAGGAAGACGCAUGAUACAAAAUAGGUUAUGUCAUAGAAAGGUCUUGAUUGUUCUUGAUGAUGUGGAUCAGCUUCACCAACUAAAAGCAUUAGCCGGAUCACAUGAUUGGUUUGGUGAAGGAAGCCGAGUAAUAAUGACAACUAGAGAUGAGCAUGUAUUAAAUGCACACAGAGUAAAUGUGACACAUAUUAUUAUAUUGUUAAACAGUGAUGAGGCUAUUAAGCUAUUUUGCAAGCAUGCACACCGAGAUCACACACCCCUGGAAAAUUAUGAGCAGCUUUCAAAAGAGGUGGUCUCUUAUGCCGGUGGGCUUCCAUUAGCACUUACAAUUCUUGGUUCAUUUCUGUGUGACAAAAAUAUUCAUGAGUGGAGGAGUGCAUUAGCCAGACUGAAAGAGAUUCCAAAUGAUAAUAUUCUGGAAACGCUAAAAAUCAGCUUUGAUGGACUCACAAAGGUUGAGAGAGAGUUGUUCCUUGAUAUUGCAUGUUUCUUUAGGGGGAAGUACAAAGACAAUGCAAUGGGGAUCUUUGAUGCUUGUGGUUUUCAUCCAGUUAUAGGAGUAAAGGUGUUGAUACAAAAGGCUCUCAUAACUAUUUCAGAAGAUGGAUAUUUUGAUAUGCAUGAUCUGGUGCAAGAAAUGGGACACUAUAUUGUUAGAGGGGAACACCCUAAGAACCCUGCAAAACAUAGUAGGAUUUGGAUUUGGAAGAUGUUUUAA